GCUUCUGUACAUGAAAGUGAGAAUUUGGGAACGAGGCGACGGGCUGAAUUGUGCAUCAGGUGGGACCUGAAGGAUAAGGCCAAUGAUAUGGAGCUCUCAAGGUGGUCUUGUCCAGGGACUUGGGAUGAUAUCUAUGAAGGCCGAGGCUAGGAAGGAGUAAUAUUGUGUGUUUAGCUUCUGCACCUUGGAACAUCAUCGACGUCAAAACUGACGUCGAAUGCUUCUGAGGUACCAGGGAGCUAUCAGUGACUUGAGUUUCGGCUUUCUAUCGUGAUAGUUUUUAGAGUUAGAGAUGGCAACAACCCUCUUCAAGCGUGCAACUACAGCCCUGGUCAUUUAUUUUGCUCUUUUUGUCAGUCCUAGUUACGGUCGACUCACGGAUGAUGGGAAUAAUGGAUACUACCAGAACUUUCGGCAUGCAAUUAGAGAUCCGGUUGAUUUCUACAAGAACGAAUGCCCAUCUGCAAGGGAGCUCGUUGGCUUGACGGUUCUUUCCUCAGUAUGGAAGGACAAGACCACACCGGCAGCGCUUCUCCGAUUGCAGUUCCACGAUUGUUUUGUCAGAGGCUGCGAUGCUUCUAUCCUCCUAGAUUCCAACCAAACCAACCUUGCUGAGAAGGAUGGAGUUGGAAACGCAUUUUCAGUACGAGGUUUCGACAUCAUUGACACUGCUAAGGCAGCUGUCGAGAAAGCCUGCCCCGGAGUUGUCUCUUGCGCUGAUAUUAUCACUCUUGCUGCUCGAGAUUCCAUUGUCAUGAUCGGGGGGCCAUCUUGGAGGGUCGUGUCCGGUCGCAGAGAUGGAUUGGUCUCGCGCGCAGUGGAAACUCCCUCAAACUUGCCUCCGCCCUUCGCAGACUACCCUUUCCUUGUCAGCAUUUUCGCCAAGAAGAAUAUGACGGAGAAAGAAAUGGUCAUCCUUUCAGGUGCCCAUACGAUCGGGAAGUUGCACUGCGGGCUUAUCGAGGCCCGUCUAUACAACUCCACCGGACCUGAUGGAGUGGACCCAACUCUGGAUCCCGUGUAUGCAAAGAGCUUGAAGGAGCAAUGUCCAUUCGGGGAGGUUAUGAGGGAGAUUCUACUGGACCCAACUGAGGGUGGGUACGCUUUUGACAGCCAGUUCUACAGCAAUGUUCUCCAGAAUAGGGGAGUUUUCACGUCUGAUGCAGCGCUCAUCACUUCUGCCACGGGGCGUGAAAUUGUCACCCAGGCAGCUUCGGGACUGCGCAGACCCUGGUUCGGUGAAUUUUCUGCUGCCAUGGAGAAGAUGAGCAACAUCGGAGUCAUCAAAGCUCCAGAAGGCGAAAUCCGACGUCAUUGUCGGUUCGCAAAUUAGUGUAGGAAAGCUCGAUCAGACUUAGAAACAAACAUACCAGUAGUUAGAAUAUCUUUUUGUGUGGGAACGAAUGUGACCACGCAUAAGUCAUCGUAGGUCCGUAGAUUGCUUAGCAUUCAUUCAACUGAGCUCCCAACGUGGCACAGUAGAUGCUCUCGACCUGCUCCGUUUGUAGCCUUAAGAAAUAAAAGACGAAAGUAGUUAAGAAAUUCGGGCAGCUGAAAUCUGACCCAUUUGCCAUCAAGCACAUUCGAGUUUGUUGCACAUGAGUCCUUGUCUGGAAACAGGUCACGAACAAACUCGAUCUCGAACUUAGUCACCACUGCUGAUGUAGGUCGUUAAUUUUCCCUCACUUACAGACCACAGUAGAGAUAGGCUUUGUCUCUGGUUCUCAUCAAUUCCAGCAUGUCUUUUGGAUCAAUCCGA